GCUUCACGGCUCCCAUCUCUUCUGUGGCAUCCCUGUUUCUCUUAAGUCCUCAGAUGCACGACUUUCACCGUCGGCAGGAACAGAGGAUGUCGAGGCCUGAAUCAUUUUAACACCACGUGUUGAUAUGAGGAUAAAGAGAUAAAAGAGACCACCUGUUUAAGCCCCAGUUAAGUAAAAGUGGCGUGAUGAUGUUUGCUGUUGACUGAAGUCCAUUCCAACAAACAAAAUGAAGAGGAGACUACUUCGUGGUUUCCUGUCGGAGAUUUCCAUCCGGACGGCUUUGCUGGUUGUGUUCCUCGUGACGGAGCAGCUUCCUCCUUUCUACCGUGAGAUCCAGCCAGAGGAGAUGUGGUUGUAUAAAUUCCAUCGUGUAGAGAAAGACCACGUGCCCACCUCUCUUAUGUUUAGUGUGGCAGUUUUCACCCCUUUGAUUGUAAUCCUGGUUUUCGCCUCCCUGAAGAAGUCAGAGCGAGGAGAUGUAAAGGAGGCCUCACUGGCUGUGACUUUGGCUCUGGUGCUGAAUGGAGUUUUCACCAAUGUCAUCAAGCUUGUUGUUGGCAGGCCACGGCCAGACUUCUUCUACCGUUGUUUCCCAGACGGGCAGAUGAACCUGGAGUUGCGCUGCAGUGGUGACCCAGAUGUCGUCAUGGAGGGCAGGAAGAGCUUUCCCAGUGGACACUCUUCCUUCGCCUUUGCAGGUUUGGGUUUCACUGGGCUGUACAUCGCAGGGAAGCUGCGCUGCUUCAAUGCAGCGGGACAAGGCAGAGCGUGGCGGCUGUGUGCCUUCCUCACACCUCUACUUCUCGCAACAGUGAUUGCCCUCUCCAGAACCUGCGACUACAAGCACCACUGGCAAGAUGUAUUAGUGGGCUCUCUGCUGGGUCUUGCCAUUGCCUGGUUGUGUUACAGGCAGCACUACCCUCCACUGCAGGACCCUGACAGCUACAGACCUCUUCGCCACAGAGAGACUGUUCCUGCUGCACAGGAGCGCAAGCUGGCCAACUCUAACUACAUCCUGCCCCUGUAGCAGAGCAGUACCUGGAUCAUACUCUUCGCUGGUGUCAUUUAUUAUUCUGGAUUACAUGGUAAUCCUUAUAAUUCUGUUAUUUACAUUGUCAGGGCUGGGCGGUUUAUCACUAUUUCUUGUUUUUAUUAUUAUAACUGUAUGGUGGGAAUUUUCUUUUCGUAUGGUGAAACAAGACACAUCAUUUGUUUUCCCAAUUAACAACAAAUUUCUUCUGAAUGGUUUGUGAAAGACUAGAGAGUUGCUGUAUGAAACAGCUCUAGUUCAACAGUCCAGAGUAGUGGACUUAAACUAUAUAAACAACUUAAAAUGAGGUUUUAAAAGAAAUUACAGUUAUUAUUUUACACAAAAUGUAUAAAUAUUGGAGGGCCUGUUGAAUAUCACACAUGUAUAACAUUUAUCACAAUCCAUCCAUAUGGCCCAGCCCUACACAAACCUGUGUAUUGUGCCUAUAGAUCACAUGACUUUAACACUCACAACAGCUGAGCAGGUCAACCACACAAGCACUGCACUACUAGUCCACUGCCCAUCAAUCGCUGGCUCAGCUGCUGUGAAACAGUUUUCUCAUGUUGAGUCACAAUUCUGUGAUUGUUUUGUAAACUUUUUCAACAAGCAGGGUUGAGACUUCAGGAAAAAAUACACAGUAUUGGAUGUUUGUGCACUGAUGUUCAUUACUGACCUUUGAGACACGUAAUAUGGUAAAGAGAGUCCGAGCUCAACAGCUAUUAGGUGUUAAAUCAGUUGGUCAGUGGAUCGAAAAUUACAUGUGAAUACUUUUUAUUCUAGAUUAUUCCUUAAUAUAAUUUAUCAACCCUUAAUAUCAAACACUUGCAGCUUCUCAGAUGUAAAGAUUUGCUGCUGUCGUAUCAUUGUAAAUUGAAUGUACAAGGGUAGGACUUAUAAGACAAAACAAGCAAUUUCAAUUGAAAAAAUGUAGAUAUUUCAUAAUAAUCUUACAUUUAUCAGACAAAAGCUGUAAUCAUGCAAGUAAAAUAGAACAUAAGUUUGAUUUUAGACAACGAAAACAGUUCCAGUCAGAGCUUGAAAAAGGUCCACUUAUUAAAGAAUGAGAGCUUUCAACUGCUUCUCAAAGUUUAAAUGUGAUCAGAAGAUGUAAAUGUGGUAUGACAAACAGCUGGGAAAAAAAAAAUACAAGGUGGAUGUCCUUGAGCCAGUACAGGGGUUACAAUCACCACUGUAACUGACCACUUGAUAUCAUGUGCCUCAGUGUUUGGAUUUACAUUACUUGAUGCCUCUUGGGCCAGCUCCACUCACUAAAUAUGCAUUUGGAAGCUCCAUGUAAUCAGCAAGUGGACCUUUGAGCUUGUUUAUCACCAUAUAGUAUUUGCUUUGACAAGCGAAUACUGGUCAAGUAAGAGGUGUUAAUUUUGGCUGUUCAUAUCUGAAGUAAGGGUGUGUGAUUUGAACAAAAUUCUCUAUCAUAGUUUAUAAUGUAAUUUUAUAUCAUGAUACAUUAAUGUUACAUCAUAUGUAAUUGAUCUAAUGGAAAAGCAACAGUUUAUUGAUUAAAAAAAAUUACACAGGUAGAUCUUUGUAAGAAUAAAACUGGCAUUAUAUUAUUUUUUAUCGAAAAAUUCUAUGAAAAGGCCAAAACCAUUGAUCAUUCAGAACUUUUCGACUUCCCUACCCUGUUUGUGGCACUUGGUCCCAAAACCCGUUAAUUCCUACUGAAGACACAAAACUUUAACACUCAGUUACUUUUGUACGGUUUAUUGUGCUUUCUCCAAUUGUCUUAGUAAUGUCCUAACACAGAUGGGCACUGUGGUGUUUAGACAGUGGUACUCAAUCAGGAGGAAAUUGUGCAUUUUCUGGGGACAACUUUCAAUUGAGGAUUAAAACACUUUUAAUGUCCAAGUUGUUUUUGUAGAACAGUGGAGGUCUAUGGCACAGACAAAUACUAUAUGCACAGGCAAUAUUUAUUAGUAUAUUCUCAAUUUAUUAUCGGAUUUAGUCUCCUCAUGGAAUUUCUUCACAAUAACAGGAAAGCAUAUAAUUGUUCUUGAUUGCUAUCAUGGUACUAACUGUAUAGUAAUAUCUCUGUCAUUUGACACAAUGAAAUUAUCUCAUCAUGCUCAUCAACAUACUGCCCACUUCUAUCUGAAAGCGCCUCUUUGGUUGUCCUCAUGUGUAGAGCGGGUUAAUCAAAACUACUUUACAUAUCUUUGAUCUUCAUAAUUCUGCUCUCCUGCCUCCGUUUUUAGUGCUGUUUCUGUCUUCCUUUAUUAUAUUUUGAAUAUGUCCAUUCACAAAUGUUUUCAUGUAUGUUAAGGGUUCAUAUUCCAAAUCCUCAGUUUAAUGGCCUGAUGUAGCAUAUCCACUCGUCUCUUCUCAUGGGUUCUGCUGUACUUUCUUUGUAACGACACAAAUGCAUCUCCACAGCUCAUCUGCUAAUAUUGCCACAAGUUAAUACGACUGUAAAAGAACCAUAAGAUAAAUGUUUUCCCACGUCAGUGGUCUCAGGCUUAGUGUAGGUCUGACUUCCGUUACUACACACCCUUCUGGCUCCUCUGCCAACCUGUCUAGAGUGUGAAUGUUCACCAGAGGUGGAGAGACGUGUGGUGUAAAGGGGUUGGUUUUUGGAUCUAGAACGUGAGUGAGAUCAGACUGUAACCUCUCCAAGCGAUGGUGCUAGCCUCCCAGUGCUCCUGCUGGUCAGGUUUUCUAUCCUCUUAAUAGUUUUAUUGGCACACAACGUUUGGUGGAAUUUUAUUUUUUCAUUUAAGACUAUGAAUACUACAGUCUGUGAUUCAGUUUUGUUUUUGUUUUUUUUUACUUUAUGUUAAUGUUUACGAGGUCGGAUUUUAAUUAGAACGAGCAACUCAGCCUUUGGCUAGGUAUGACUGGUUUACAGGUUAAACAUGAAAAACAAAACUUCUUAUGUAUCUGUUUGCGCGUGAAACCAGCCAAAGUUUUUGCAUGGUCAAAGCACUUUUGAUCGUCGCUGUGAAUCAAGCUUAAAGCAGCUGGAUUGCAGUGGUUUCAGACCAAACUUGGCAGAAAAAAAACAUAAAUUUGUGCCUUUGUUUACUAAAUUACUGUAUUACUCUCAGUUUAUUAAUUCUAAGUAUAUACUGCAUGUUACAGUGUAUACUCUGGCAUGUUGUGGACACACCUUUGUUCCCAGUCUUUAUGUUUACGUUUUACAGUCUGUAGCUUUCAGUCGGCAUGCUGCCUUUCUUUACCUCAGAAAAGAAAUGUUAAUAAAUAAUGUUGCUGAUGGAGUCAGAUGUGAAGAUUUUUAGGGAGAACGGAACAGAGUAGCCAAGAGGAGGAAAAACUUCACUUUUUGCAAAACUUUGAGACAAACAGUAUUUUAAUUUACUCACUCUUAAUGGUGUUUAUGAGAUGAUGUACAGGUCUGAGUGUAUUUAAUUUGGGGGCAUGUGGGAGUUUACUUGAAUUUUGAAUUUUUGUUUGUAUACCUUUUAAUGUGAUAAUAUUAUUUCAUGAAAAUAUUGGUCAUAUUUGUGGGCUCGUAGGUUUGUGGUGGAUCCCUUAGACAAAAUAAAAACUGUUGAUUAGACUGCUGCAUUUUGAUAAAAUCAUGCAUGUUUCACAGCUAAAGAGCAACACACUUUUGUCAUAACUGUACUUUCCAUCCAAAUACCCACAUUUCCAUCCAUUUCUGUCAAUUUAUGUGAUUUUACUGUAUCAAGUUAAUGAUCAUGUCUGGGCUCCUUCAGAUCUACUGUUAUGACAAGGGAUGAUAUUAAAAUUUGCCUGUUUGCAUUGUUUAUGUCCUGCUCAUCAUGAUUUGCCUUGACUUGUAGGACCACAUAGCAGCCGCUAAUGCUGAUACAUUAUCCUGACUGUACAUGUUGUGAUGCUUUUAAUGAAUCUUUUGGUGACACUAAAUGAUGUUUCUAAAUAAUCUUGCAAUACACAUUGUCCUUUGCUUA